AUGCAGCAGGAAGUCUGUGUGCUGCUCACGUCCAUGGCCGCGAAGCUGGACGGCGCCGAGAACGGCCACCUGGUCUUCCUGGUGAACAACUACGACCUGGUUCUAACCGUGUUCGUCGAGCGCCAUUUGCCGCGCACCGCCAUCGCCGGUUUCGAGGAUCUCCUGCGCGAGCAAGUCGGACUAUUCGUCGAGAACCAGCUCAUGAGGCACUACCCCGACCUGGUGCAGUACGUCAAGACGACGGAGCCCCUGGUGGCCGACGUCGACGAGGCCGCGGGCCGAGGCUCUGGCCAGCCAGCGCCACCACCGCGCGUGGACGUUGCCAAGAUGGAGCAGGUCGUGCGGAAUUUCAAGCAGAACUGGAAGAGGGAAACGGACCGCAUCCAUCAGUACGUGAUGGUGUCGUUCACGAAUUUCAGCAAUGGGAUGGAGAUUCUGAAGCAGGUCUUGACACAGCUCCUGCUCUACUACACCCGGUUGCAGAAGGUCAUCCGCAAGGCUUUUCCGCAGCAGUCGCCCGCCUUCGCCCACGAGCUGGUUUCCAAUACGACCAUCCUGGCGGAGAUCAAGCAAUAUUCCAGGAGCUUCUGA